AAGUUGCCAAGCCCUGAACAAAUCAAGGGUAAAAAAUAUUGUAAGUGGCAUAAUGCAUGGUCACAUUUGACUAACAACUAUUUGGUUUUUCGCCAUGUGUUACAGGAUGCCAUUGAAUCAGGACAAAUUACGUUCGAGGAUAAGAAGAAGAUGGCAGUGGAUGAAAACCCUUUUCCACAGCCACUUGGGGUGAACAUGGUGACGACUGGUUUCAAAAACAAGUUACCAAAAUUUAAGUUGGUUAUAGAUGAUGGAGAAGAGGACCCUAGGCCACCCCUCAGUAUCUUUGAACGUAUCAAAGGGAAGGAGCCUAAAAUGGAUGAAGACAUCCUCUGUGCAAGAUGUAAAGGAGAAGUGAGUGAAAAUACAGAGAAACCAGGGAUAUGGGACUACAAUGAUGAAGAGGAUGAUCGUAUGACGAACAUCGUAGAGGAAAUUAAUCUGGAAGCAGAAAGAAGAAAGAGAGGAGUAUCGCGCAAUACCCUAUCGAAGCAACUACAUAGAGAAGGUGUUCAUGAAGUGGAUUUGUUGGGAGAACCAUCUGGAUUUCCUUUCUCUUCGAUCUACAUCCUAACCUUUUCAUAG